GGGCUGAGCCCGUCCUUUCCAUAUCAUGUUUAUCAUCACCAUCAUCCACCGCAUAUCCUUUCGCCAUGGACUUUUAGUUAAGAAACAAACAACCUGCAACCUCUCCUACUCUUAUCCCUCAUCUCUAUCCACCACAACACCUCCCUCUCCGGCACCAACUGUACACACAUACACACACAACAUCAAACAAGAUGAUGCCCACACUCAUGGGAGGCGUUCUCCCCGGGCCUGUUCCCACACCCUAUCACACCGAUACCUUCUUGGACGACUUGUCGAGACAAAUGGCUCUCUCCCAGGCGUCACGGAGACUAUCUAGAGGCUCCAACGGACAACGCAACACAGGAGCUAUGCGUGUAGCCAAGCCCACCAGCGCCAGCAACAGCCCGAGAUCUUCAGCAGCCAUGCAGGCAAGGAGGAGAACUGUGGUGAACGAUGGAAAUCUGGCGAGGCGGAGGCAGCAGCCCAUGGACCAAGUUCCGAUGCCCGACUACGGAUCUCAGUCACGACCGAGUCGUCCCCUUAGCUGGCACCCUUCGACCUUUCAACAACAGAAGAUGGCCAUCCCUCAGAGCAUGGCCCAAUACCCAUUCCCUCCUGUCACUUCGGUAUACGACACGGACAGCUAUCACGUAUACCAGCAAUUCCCGCCAACACCGGCGGCCUACUCGUGCAACACCUCCCCUGUUGCCUCCUUUUCCCCUCUCUCACUCCCCUUUGGAGGAUAUGAUGGAUCCAACUACCUGCCUGUUGAGGGUUGGGACGUAUCUCAUCAAGCACCGCCGGCCUAUGUUUCAUCAGACACAACCGGCUACGCUGAGCCCUUCCCAUCUCUACCAACUACGCUCCCGGAUCUUACACCAUCUUCCACCUCGACGCAUUGGAACUCGCACCACAUGCAUGGCUUCACUAGCACCUCUCCGCCCACUCCCGAAACGCUGCCGCAGGCCCAGCAGCCCCAACCCAUUGUACCAAAUGAGGACACCAUCCCUUAUCAACCCCUCGAUGAGCCUGAGGAGGAGGGAGAGAUCCUUGUGGGCAUGGGACUCUACGACGCUCCCGACAAGUACGAUCAGGACCCGCAACUCGACACAUCUCGUUCUGCCAUGUCCUCGCUCCUGGGCACAUCUUUCCGCCCUCUGGAGGGUACGGGCAAGGGCCUGAAGCUGGAAGAGUCGUGGCAGCCUCCUGAGAGCGACGACGAGGAUGAGGAUGACCAGGACGACGCCGAUGGCGAGGACUCGGAUUAAUGACACGGUCAACACCAAAGAACAACUCUUACACGUUACAACACCAGCGCAAGCGUUUUAUGAUUUUUAUGACGACAACCUGUAGACUAUGUAUGAUAUCAAGAAGACGUAACACGAAAAACGGGACUUGGGGAUCUUUGGGACCAUGGAGCAUUAGGUAUGCUCCUCAUGUCAGAGAGGGGAGAAAGAUCAAAGGAAAGACAAAUACCCAAAGAUGGAAGCAUGGGCCAAAUCUGUGGCCCUGGCGUCGCAAAAGGAAGAGGCCCAUGGCAAGGCCUAGAUAGAAACAAUCAAAACGCGUAAAGCGAAAAACAAACAAGACACAAAUCUGUUUCUCCUCGGACCUUGACGUGACUACGUGUAUCGAUCAAGAGCAACAAUCGCCACGCAGUUUUAGGAGUUGCAACGCAGCUGC